GCACAGCGCAUGGUGUCUCAUGUCAUACUGAUCGGCUUAUUCGGUGUCUGAGUUUGCCUACAUCAGGUGUAGGUUGCGUGUUCGCUCCUUAGUCUUUGUGAACAUGUUCAGCAGUGCCGUGAGAACAGUCUUUUUAACUCGCGGCCACCCCAGGUCCGGUAGAUGCUGGGCUCGGUUAAGUCGCGUUACUCCACUGCUGGCUUCUGCCAGGUCUGUGCAGGACAGCGCAGAGGACAACGGUGGCCCCAAGGAGCGCUUUGACACCUCCUUACUGGAAUUCCUCGUUUGCCCGCUGUCUAAAAAAGCGCUACGGUAUGAUGAAAAGACCAACGAACUGAUCAACGACGACCUGGGCAUCGCCUACCCCAUCAUCGAUGGGAUUCCCAACAUGAUUCCUCAGGAUGCUAGAAUGAUCCAAAGGAGUUCUGACCUGGGGGAGUCACCCCAGCCAUAAAACAGUGACAUGUUCUUCCCCAAGAUGUAUUAUGCGGGCUCUGUCUGAUUUGGGUUUUGGUUUGAUACUGUGGAUGACUUUAUCCAAAGGGAAACACUUACGCCAAUAAAUGUCAGCCAGACCCAUUUCUACAGACAGAUACAUUUACUCAGAUAAUUCAGGUAAAUCGCUAGAACUAAGGUACAACAGCAGUGUCCUUCUGAGAAAACAUGAAGCAGCAGGCAGUCAGCUGCAGACUAGCAUCACAUUCAGGUGUCCAUGUUUCUGCUGUCAGCCAUCAUCCUUAUCUCUGUUUUCUACUUUAAAACUGCACUGCGUCAAAGGAAAAUUCUCGCUGAUAUGGAAAUGUGUUUCCUUUCCAGUGAAAUAUGCAGUGACUUCCCUUGUGAUCUUACAGUUAAGAUUAAAUAUGUCUGUAUGACACAGA